AUGAAUGAAGUUCAAGAGGCCAAUAAGGUAAAAGAGAAGGAUGCUCCAGUGACAACUCCAGAAACUGCUGGAGAUUCACAAAAGCUAUCAAAUAAGGAAUUAAAAGAAUUGAAAAAGAAGGAAAAAGCAGCCAAAAGGUCUGCUAAAAAACAAGAAAAUGGUAUUUCUAUUGAACAGCAACAAGCUCAAGCUGAAGCUAAGAAAGAAAAGAAACAACAUCAAAGGGAAAAGCAGUUGAAACAACAAGAGGACAAGAAGAUGAAGCAGAUGCAUAAAGAUAAAGAAUCAGUGAUGAGAGGAGAAAAUAAAAGCACAUUGUUUAGUCAUCUAGAAACUACUGCUGAAAGAAGAGCUGCUAUUUUAGCAUUUACUAGUUCUGUCAACUCACCAUUAGCAUCAAAGAUCACAGCAACUGGUCUAGCAAUUCCAACGAUUGCCGGUGUUUUGUCAGGUUCUAAUGUUGCUACAACAUCUCCAUUAGGUCAAAAUGGUUCGAUUGUCCCUUCUACUACAAACGGCUCAGUUGGUGAAAUUGAAACAAGCAGCAAAGCUCCAAGUGUAUCCGAAAUGGCUAAAUCUUUAGCUGACUUCACUUUACACGAAGAAGAAAACUCCAUUGUACCAGGUGUUACCUCAGUCGUCCCACAUUCUUUAGAGAACAACAUUAACACUUCUCAAUUUUCGACCGUGGUUAAAGAAAUUUUAAUUAAUAAAGAUUUAAUUCAUCCAGUAAUUGUUAAGUUAACAUCAUCAUUAGCUCAAUAUAAAAUCGUAGGGUCGAUUCCACGUUGUAUUGCAAUGUUAGAGGCUUUUCAAAUUGUGAUCGAAGAUUACCAAACUCCACCAGGAACUACAUUAUCGCGUAAUCUAACUAAUUAUUUAUCUCACCAAAUUGAUGUGCUUACCAAAGCCAGACCCUUAAGUGUAACUAUGGGUAACGCUAUUAGAUGGUUGAAGCAAGAAAUUUCUCUUAUCGACCCAUCAACUCCUGAUAAAGAGGCUAAAAGAGAUUUAUGUGAAGCCAUUGCUCAAUUUGCUCGUGAAAAAAUUGAACUUGCUGAUAGAUUAAUUAUUGAAAAUGCUUCUCAGCAUUUAACUGAUGGCUCAUCCAUUGUUACAUAUGGUGCCUCAAAAGUGUUAAAGGACUUAAUUAUUGAAAAUGCAGUUGUUAAAAAAAAGGAUAUAGAAGUUACUGUUGUUGAUUCCAGACCGUUAUUUGAAGGCAGAAAAAUGGCUGAAUUUUUAAGAAGAAACGGUGUUAAAGUAACCUAUGCUCUAAUUACCAGUUUGGAUACUAUUUUCAACAUGAAAGUGGAUUAUGUAUUUUUAGGUACACAUUCAAUUUUAUCCAAUGGUUUCUUAUACUCCAGGGCUGGUACCGCAAUGGUGGCAAUGAGUGCAAAGCAAAAAAAUAUUCCAGUUUUAGUUUGCUGUGAAAGUUUGAAAUUUUCACAAAGAGUACAAUUGGAUAGUGUUACGUACAAUGAAUUAGCUGAUCCAAAUGAUCUAGUUAAUAUUAAUUAUAGCAAUCCAUCACAAAAAUAUGGCAACACUGGUUCUUUACUACAGCGUUUUGUUCAAGAACGUGAAGCUGCCAGAGAAAAGGAUGAAGUUGACAUGAACCAAAAGGGUAAAAAAUCCCAAGCACCUAGUAAUAAAGGCAAAGAUAAGGAGACUGCAAAUGAUGAUGCCGAUAUCAAUAAGAAUAUACUUGACAAUUGGCAGAAAUCUCCAAAUCUAAAUAUCAUUAACAUUCUAUAUGAUCUUACUCCACCUGAUUAUAUUAAAAAGAUUAUUACUGAAUUUGGUGCAUUGCCACCUUCAUCAGUGCCUGUUAUUCUUAGAGAAUACAAAGGUUCCGCAUAA